AGAGAAUUAAGUGAUGUAUGAUAGUGAAGAAUUCUCAGAAGUUCCUGAUCUAAGUAAGUGGUUUUCGAGUUAUGUCUAUGAAUCGCCGAUGCUCGAUACAAAUGAUGGUCUUGAACUUUCUUUUCCUGGAGAAAGUAAAGGUAUAAAGGAUAUGGAAUUAGUCUCUUCUCAGGAUAAAGAUAAGUCUCAGUCGCAAGUUGCGUUUUCAGAGAUUACGGAAGUCGUUGAGUACAGUGAAGUAGAUGAAGAAAACAACAGUAUUUGGGGAAAGCCUAAGAAAAAGCGCAUCAGUACUAUUUGGAGAAAACCUAUGAGAAAGAAAGAGCCUACAACAACAACCUAUGAAGCUGAGCUAACUUCCUUGAGGAACUGAGUCCAAUAUCUAGAAAACGAAGUAAGGAUUUUGGAUGAUCUCAUCAAUCGUUUCCAAGUUUUCCAAUUACAAAAGUAGUAUA